AUGGCCCCCAAAAUCUUUAAAGAGCUUGUUUUUGGUAAACAAGAUAUAUUUGUAGAAGAUAAUCAACUCCCAUUUUUUGUUCUCAACGAGUUAUACAGCAUAACAUUUGGUGGAGCUUACCGCGGGAUUUCCUUCGAGGAUCUUACUUGUAAUUAUAUAUCUAACAAUUCUGUUUUUGGACGUACCAAUCCAGCUAUUCGUAAAGAGAAUGUUGUGAGAAACACAUCGGAAGUUAAGCAUCUUUUGGAUUUUUUGAGGGUUUGGCACUUACCUUCCAAACUCCGAGCCGGUAAAUCAAUGACUGAACUUACUUUACCCCCAAGUGUUGAAAAAUUGGAGGUUGCCGGAGUAAAAUUCAAGGCAAAGAUUCCAAGAUUGACUAUGGAAGACAGUACGGAAGGUCUUCUUCGCAAUAUUAUAUUUUUUGAGCAAUGCUGUCAUCAUUUCUAUGACAAAUCUUACUUUGUUGACUAUGUAUCGUUCAUUGAUGCAUUGAUUAACACUCGUGAAGACGUGCAAAUAUUAGUUCAAUAUGGUGUAAUCAAGAAUUUGCUUGGGAGUGAUGAUGAGGUAGCUAAUGUCGUCAAUCAUCUCUGCAAAAAUAUAAUGAUUAAUCCUAAUUUCUACUAUUCUGAUAUUGCUGAAAAAUUGAAUGCACAUGCCAACACUAAGAGGAACAAAUGGAUGGCUAUAUUAAGGAAAGACUACUUCAAUCAUCCUUGGUCAAUCAUUUCCGUUGUCUAUUUGAUGAUUCUUCUUAUCCUCACCGUGUUACAAGUUUAUAUUGGUUUUAAGCACUAA